UCAUGCCUCAUCCAUCGCCCGCCUCGCUUGCGUCGGAGGAUAGAAGAAGAAUUUCGUAUUUUAUUUUCAAUUAGCUAAACGGUCGUACUGUCGCGCGACUGCCCGGUUCCUAGAAAGGGAAACAAACGUUUACUCUAAACCAAAUUGCUCAAGAAUUUCUAAUUUUACCCACAAGACUGACACAAAAGAGGGCAGUAAUAUACUAGAGGAGUAGCUACAGCUGUGGCGGUGUGGCGUUUGAGGGCUCACCCUUCAUUUCGCAGGUCAUUUCCUUAACUUGAUGCUGUCGACACUCUUCGGAGCACAGUUUGCGGAUUUAAAUAGAGGAAAGCCACUUUAAUGGACUUAAACUGACGUGACCAAACGAACGUCUUUUUUUCCACGGAUAAUUGAGCCAAUAGGAGCCUAAACAUCCCGUGGAAAGCUUCACUCCAUAAGGGAACUGAUUCAGCCCUGCUUUCUUUCCCUUCGAACAUCCCACUGUUGCACCACAACCCUAUGGAGAGAACACGGCCACCCAGAUAGGAUGCCUGCCUUGCUCAACGCCUUGCGUCCCCUCCUGUCCAUUACCACCACCUCCUUUUCCUUGCGUGUACCUGCUCUUGCCAACAGUUCCUUGCAGUCUGCCAGGCUCUGCACUGCCCCACUACAAUAUGGUGGAUGAGGUAACCACCAUGAAGGAUGACGUCAUCAAUGCCAAUACGCUGGCUUGGCUGGUCUGCUCAGGAGUGUCCAUCCUGGCCAACACUUGGAGCAUCCUUAGUGUCAGUGCCAAACAGAAAAAGUGGAAGCCACUGGAGUUCCUCAUCUGCACCCUGGCAGGCACACACAUACUCAACAUGGCCAUCCCCAUCACCAUGUACUGCGUCAUAACGCUGCGGCGCCAGCACUCCAACUACGAGUGGAAUGAGGGUCUGUGUAAGGUGUUUGUCUCUACCUUCUAUACCCUCACACUGGUCACCUGCUUCUCUGUCACUUCACUCUCCUAUCACCGCAUGUGGAUGGUCCGCUGGCCUGUAAACUACAGGUUGAGUAACACCAAGAAGCAGGCAGUGCACACCGUGAUGGGCAUCUGGAUGGUGUCCUUUAUCCUGUCCACACUCCCAGCAGUGGGCUGGCAUGACACAAUUGACCGCUUCUACACCUCCGACUGCAGAUUCAUUGUGACAGAGAUCGGCCUGGGCUUUGGUGUAUGUUUUCUGCUGCUUAUCGGUGGCAGUGUGACCAUGGGUGUCAUCUGCAUCGGGAUUGCUCUCUUCCAGACCUUCUCCAUUCAGGCGGGCCACAAAGCUGACAAGAACAAGUUCAAUGUCCCCACCAUAGUGGUGGAGGAUGCUCAGGGGAAGCGUAGAUCAUCCAUCGAUGGAUCAGAACCUCUCAAGACGUCUCUGCAGAUCACUUACCUGAUCAGUGGCAUUGUCUUCAUCUAUGACUUCCUGACAGGCUUCCCCAUACUGGUGGUAAGCUUUGCCAGUCUGAAGUUUGACCGCUCCUACAACUGGAUGGUGUUGUGUGUGCUAUGGUGCUCCAUUGCUCAGUCCAUUCUGCUACCCAUGUUUCUCUGGGCCUGUGAUCGGUAUCGGGCUGAUAUCCGCAUGGUGUGGGAGAAGUGUGUCGCCAUCAUGUCUAACGAUGAUGUGGAUGAGGAAAACAGCCAAGAUGGAGGAAUUCAUGCCGACUUAAUAUAUGACAGACCAUAUGACUAUAGCUCGGCGCCUGAAAUCGUGACGGUAGACCGUAAUGCCAAGUAUGAGUUCUCAACCUUAGAAAGGGGGGUUCUGCAAGGGUAUCCAGUGAGGGAACAACAGGAAGAUAAAAUGCAGUAUUUGCAGGUGCCCCCUACAAGAAGAUACUCCCACGACGAAACCGACAUGUGGACCAGCGACCGGAUCCCCUCAUACCUGCACCGUUGGGGCUCCACCGAGGACAUGAUAGUGAGUGCCCAUUACAGCUCCACCUUACCGCGCCGAGAGAGGCGCAGGAGCAGCCUGGUCUCCUACCACGAGGAGAGCCACCAUCACCCUCACCGAAAGCGGCGACGCUCUGAGGAUAGCAUGCACUCCCUUAAGCACCUGCCCCGCGUGGUAUGUGGUGGGGAGCGCUAUGAAGACGAACUGCGUUGUUUCAGCCGCGACGAGGUGAUCAACUUUAUAGAUGAGACGCCGUUGCCGAGCCCAAGGAAGAGCCCACGGCGCUCAUCUGUUAUCGCCCUAAUCCCCAAUGUGUACGAACAGCACACAGUUCUUCUUCCUCACUUCCCCCUCACAGACUUUGAACGUGAACCUCAAGCACUCAGGCGACCUACAGAACACAAAAGGAGCAGUAGUAGAGGCAGCUCACCUGAUGGUUCACCCAAACCAGAUAGACCUUCUGGAAAGAAAAGCCAUGGGGCUGGUGGUUCAGGAAAAGGCUGCAGAGAACGCACAAGAGAUGGGAAACAGCAGGAUGAAGUGGGCUCACCUGGGCGCCACCAGCAGACUCCUGGGCACUCUUCCAGUAGGCAAAGGACCGGUGGGGGUGCUGGGUCUGGGGCUGGAGCUGACUUGGGGAAGCAGAAGUUCCUGAGCAGGGCUGAAAGUAAAGGAAGCACAAACAGUUUUGUAAGCACAUCCUCAGCAUCGUCCUUGGGAUACAUCACCUUUCACUCUGAUUCUGUAGGCUCCACCACCUGAAAGCAAAGUCCCUUUGUUACUAUCAACAUUAUUAUAAAGAAAACCUCUGGGAUAUCAGUGUUUAAAGAAAAGUGACAUGCAGAAAUCCAGCAGCCUUUUUAAUAAUGCCACUGUCCAUUUUUAUUGCAUUACACAAAUCAACAUCUAUUAUGCUAAAUGGCCUUAGGAGUUUUAAACAUAACAUUUUCUGAAUGGGCCUUUAUUUAGUGUGUGGGCUGGUGACUGUAUACGAGCAGGUCCAGCUUUUACAUCACAAAAUAUCCACUGAAGAAUACUUUUCUCCCACUGACACAAAGAAACUCUUUUUAAACAGUGUGAACAUUCCUCAGCCUUGUUUUUGCUGUUUGAUAUUGUUUCUAAUGAAAGGAUUUUCAGAUGUAUUGGUCAGGAUAUUUUCUUUCUAUUUUUUUUUUUUUUUGUUUUUUCACUUAAAACUUGAACUUAAUUUGUGUUUUAAUUGGCCUGUAAUUAGUGUGUGUUUUGUAAUAUGGACCACAAGCUUUCAUUAAUACUGCACAUUUUCCUUGAGCUUGACUUAAGGGCGUGAUGCAUUUUACAUAUUUAAUUAUGAUCAUGACAUAUAAUUUUUCUAAUCUACAUUAUUAUUCACAGCGUAUGAAAAGCUUUCUUUGAACACCAUAUUUUGAAGUGAAAUGAGUGGUAAUCCCAAGCUAUAAUGAGCCCAAUAAGUGUCUGUGUGAGAUAUUGAGAUACAACGUGAAGACCCCUUAAUCCUUAAUGGCAAUGUGAGGUCAUUUUUAAAAGAUAAUUGAGAUAUUAUGUAUAUAUGAAGGAUAUUGGACUUGUGUUUUUUGGUGUUUUCUGUUUUGCUUAGAACAUUUCCUUCCAAAUCUUGUUACUUUUUUGACUUUGCAGAUCACAGAUCAGAUCACGAGACUAAUAUGCAAAUGGUGCUUUAUCAUCAUCAGCUGAUAUCACUGUUUAUUUCUUUCAGUAAUUUGUUAAUGAUUUUAAUAAUGUCCAAAAGUUUAAAAAUCACAGUCUUCAGAUUGUAACUCAAAAUGUUGUUAUGUAGUUACAAAUUGAAACUUUACAUCUAUAAAAUAAGUUUGGUUGCAAAGAAAAAAACUUAUAUUAAGUCGCAUGUUGCAGAAAAAACAGGAGUAUUUCACAUCAUCUCCUAAUAUAAAAAGCCUACUCAUGGACCUAUCCUGGGAGGUUUUCAGAGUCGGAUGUGACCUUUAAAACAACUAAUUAAUUUAAGCUCCAUGAAAUAUCUUAUAUUAAAUGCAAAAAUCCCCAAAGCCUCAAUAAAGGUUCAUGUAGGACAUAUGGGUGUAUUUGAGGAGAGGAUGGGAUCAUUUAACAUCAUAACAGAAUAUUAGAUAAAAACACCAUAAUUUGAGACAUUCCCACUUAGCACACUCAUUCAAAAACAAACUCUUGGUGUGCAGCUGACUGCAUAAAGCAAAAGGUUAGAUUAAUAAACAACUUCUCACCUAUGUAACAGCGAGUGAAAACUACUGCCAAAAAAAUAAAUAAAAAGCUGAAGCACCUUGGAGCUUGGACCUCUUGUGGACACUUACUGCUAA